AUGGAUGUAGUUAGAGAAGAACAAGCUGCCUUCAGAGAGGAGAUGGACUCUGUCAAAAGCAAGAUCGAGCAGAUCUUUGAGGCUAUACAAGCUCUGGCUAAAAGGGAAGAAGAGGCUCGUGUUUCCGCUGCUGCAAGGAACGAUGCUCUAGUUCAAGGGGUUGCUCUUCAAUCAGGACCUUCAGUUCCUAUUCCAAAUCCUGUUAUCUACGGUCUUCCUCCAGGCUUUGUUCCACCGCCUGAAAGAAAUCAUGUGCCUCCGCCUGCGCAUACUUCUAGAGUAGCUGAUGGAGUCGCUGUGCAAGGACCUCCGAUAGUCAAUCAAGUAGUCAUGCCCCGCACUGAUGAAGAGCUCCAGGACGAGUUUGAAAUGCAGAAUUACAAUGGAGCUACUCCAGUGGUCAUCCCUACUGCUGCCCAAGAUUCUAAGGCUAUCUUGAUGUGUCGUGCUCUGGCCGAAAAGCUAAGAAUCUUGGAAGGACAUAACUCAACCCGUUUAAGUGCCUUGGAGAUGUGUCUAGUCCCAGACGUGGUGAUUCCUCCAAAAUUCAAAGCGCCUGAAUUUGAAAAAUACAAAGGACUCACAUGUCCUAACAUACAUUUGAAAAUGUAUUACAGAAAAAUGGCUGCUUAUGCCAGAGAUGAUAAGCUCAUGAUCCAUUGCUUUCAGGACAGUCUAAUUGGGGUAUCUUUGGACUGGUACAUACAGUGGGAAUGUAGCAACAUCCACACUUGGGAUGAGUUGGUUGAAGCAUUCGCAAAGCAAUACAAAUAUAAUACUGACAUGACACUAAACCGUACUCAGCUUCAGAGUAUGGCCCAGAAAGACAAUGAAUCUUUUAAAGAAUACGCACAACGCUGGAGAGAAUUGGCUGCAAGGGUGCACCCGCCGCUGGUUGAUCGUGAAUUGAUUGACAUUUUCAUGGGAACCUUGCAGGGCCAAUAUUAUGAAAGAUUGAUCAGUAGUGUGUCCACAGGAUUUUAUGACAUGGUGAUCAUGGGAGAAAGAGUAGAAGAAGGACUGAAGAGUGGUAAAAUCCAGGGAGGUUCCAGCAGUCAACCAAUCUUGAAGAAGCCUUUCAACGGAUUCAAGAGGAAGGAGGCGGCUGCUCAAUAUCCAACCAUGCCUUACCGUCCAAUUGCUCCUGUUCCUCUUCCAGCUCCGAAUGGGACUGUCGUGCCAAGGGCAUUACCUCUAAUUCCGAAGCCGAAUAAGCCUUGGUAUGAUGAGAAUGCUAGAUGUGCCUUUCAUGCUAAUUCAAAGGGUCAUACAAUAGAGAAUUGCAAGGUGUUCAAGCUUCGGGUCCAAGAGUUGAUAGAUCAGAAAAUUUUGUCUUUUGCUGAUGUUCCAAAUGUGGGGAACAAUCCUUUGCCUAAACAUGAUAGUUCAAGUGUCAAUGCUAUAGAAAGUUCAACUGAUGAUGGAAUGAUAAAGGAUGUGUUCAAGUUGAAGACUCUUUUAACAGUGGUCCAUGCUAGAUUGAUGGAAGCAGAAUUGAUGAAUGGAGUACAUGAAAGUUGUGUGGUGUGUUCGUCCAACCCUGAUCAGUGUGGUGAAUUCAAAAUUUAUCUUCAACGUUUGAUGGAUCAACGGGUUAUUCAGUUCACUAGAGCAAAGAUUAAUGAGGACGUUGUUGUGAUUGUGCCUGUGUUUGAUCAAGAGAGGCUUCCCAAGCCUUUUGUGGUUCCUUAUCAGAGAAAUGUUGACCUAGAGCCAGUGAAGAAGAUUGAGCCCAUGGUUAUCCAUGUUCCCGCUCCAUUCUCAUUUGAUAGUACCAAAGCCGUGCCUUGGAACUAUGAGCCUGUAGUUUAUGUGGGUAACAAACCAGUAAUCUUGAAAGAGCCAGAUGUGACUAACAUCGCUGGAGCUAGUGGUGUGACUCGAAGUGGAAGGGUUUUCUCUCCUGAAGUGAUCCCAAACAAAGAAAGUGCACCAACAAUUGAACCAACAAAUGGGAAAGAGGUGAAUCCUCCAGAAGCAGGAGAAGGCUCAUCUAAGAAAGCAGUGACUGUUGAAGAGGAUAGAGAAUUCUUGAAGAUCAUUAAGAAGACUCAUAGGACUGCUCUAUUGAAGUUCUUGAGCGAAGCUUAUGUGGCAGAAGAUAUCGGUGUUAUUCAGUUUGAUAAUGUGGUUGCUAAUCUCAAUGCUAGUAGUUGUUUGAUGUUCACUGAUGAUGAUUUACCCUCUAAUGGGCGAGAACAUAAUAUGGCACUUCAUAUCUCCAUUCACUGUACAAAUGUCACUUUGGCUCGAGUACUGGGGGUCAUGAACUCGUGGAAGAGUGUGAAAGCUGCAAUUGAAGCUGGUUACCCUGGAAGUUGGGGCACAAUGAUUGAACUACCAGAGAAGAAAGAGAAGUGUGGAUUAGGAUAUCAGUCGUCUAUUGAACUUUUCAAAGAUCAGAAGAUACAUCAGGGGAAGGUUCCUAGCAUUCAGGAAAUAUUCUCCAAAGCUGGUUUCCGAAGUGAUGAUCAAGUGAAUGCUCUUGAAGAUGAAGAUCUAGAUUUGUCCAAGAUGGUGUUUUAUGGACCUCCGGAUGCCGCUCUCACUAACUGGAAGGCAACAGAUGUUCCGAAUAUAGUUUCUUGUUCAAAGUAA